UUGCAUUUUACUGUUAAAUUGAAUUAUUUCGGGGAAUUGCACUCUGUUUAAAUCCACCAUCAGAAUUAUACUGGUCUUGUAUUUCCCUGUCAAAUUAAUGGCGGUCAAUAGCAGGUGGUGGACGAAGGAAACGGUGGCGGUGGUGACCGGGGCGAACAAAGGCAUCGGUUUUGAAAUUGUCCGUCAAUUCGCAGAAAAUGAUCUCACUGUUAUUCUCACUGCAAGAGACGCCAAUAGAGGAUUGAGUGCCGUAAAAACCCUCCAUGAUCAGGGUUUCGAUAAUGUUGUUUUCCGUGAGCUGGAUGUUCAGAAGCGCAACAGUAUUUCAGAUUUUGGAAGGUGGAUGAAGGAUAACUAUGGCGGCCUCGACAUACUGGUUAAUAAUGCUGCUAUCUAUGGGAUGAUGAGGGAUUAUGAAGCUAUGAUGCAAGCUCUCCAAGUUUCAGGAGUGUAUGACCAUAUAUUUAACAAUCCAAUAUUUGCCAAAGCACACAAAACAAGCUACGAAUUGUCGAAGAAUUGCAUAGAAAUAAAUUAUUAUGGAACAAAGAGAAUCACAGAAGAAUUACUACCGCUGCUCCGACCAGAAGGUCGAAUUGUGAACGUGUCCUCAGAAGCCGGAUUGCUACGGGUUAAUAAUGCUGCUAUCUAUGGGAUGAUGAGGGAUUAUGAAGCUAUGAUGCAAGCUCUCCGAGUUUCAGGAGUGUAUGACCAUAUAUUUAACAAUCCAGUAUUUGCCAAAGCACACAAAACAAGCUACGAAUUGUCAAAGAAUUGCAUAGAAAUAAAUUAUUAUGGAACAAAGAGAAUCACAGAAGAAUUACUGCCGCUGCUCCGACCAGAAGGUCGAAUUGUGAAUGUGUCCUCAGAAGCCGGAUUGCUACGGUUUCUGAAGAACGAUUCGCUUCGAAGGCAGCUUUCUGAUGUCUCAAAUAUAACAGAGGAAUUCAUUGAUAACAUGGUUGAAACGUUUUUGGAGGAUAUAAAAAAGGGGGAAGUGGAAGGGAAGGGUUAGCCCAUUUUAGCAGCUCCAUAUUCUUUGUCAAAGAUUGCUUCAAAUGCCCAUGCUCGCCUCCUCGCUGAAAAAUUCUCAAACAGUGAAGAGGGGAAAAGGAUAUAUGUGAGUUGUGUUCAUCCAGGGGUAGUUCAAACAGACAUGAGUGAGAACAGGGGAAGCUUAACUGUCUCACAAGGAGCAGAAAGUUCUGUGAUGGUAGCUCUGUUGCCACCUGGUGGACCUUCUGGGCAGUUUUAUUUCCUCAAGGAACGCCAUGAAUUUUAAGGGCAUUCCCACUUUCAUGGAGUGAUUAUAUGAACAUUUCUGUAUUAAAUAAUUUUUUCUGUCAUUACAGUAAUUUUAAUUUUGUUAGUCUAUAUCACAUUUUGUCUUCACAAUGAAUAUCGGUUAAUGUGAAUAUCGGUUCGAUUAAUGUGAAUAUGCAUCUUUACGAUC